GGAUCAUUAUGCCAUUUAUGGCUGCACCUGAGGCAGCAUCGGCUAAAGCUUGCAAAAAUUUUGACCUUUCAAUGUCUGUUAUGGCAUUUGGUGGAAUUAAGGAGAUACUCUCUUUUGCCCACUCUAAAGCUUUUACACCAUAGGCUCGUGUUAGAGCUAACACUAACCGUUUCUAAUCGCGAACUCGGGAGUGCUCCUGUGAUGGCAGCCACAAGAAUUCUGGUGAUUGCAGCGCCUCUUGGGAAGAUCACGUUGUCACGUAUAGACAGUUUGCAAUAUCAAAAACGUCCGACAAGAAAUUCAAUAUGGAAUUCGAGGCUUCCCUGCAGUGAAAAUGAUUGCAACUUAGUUCCUUGGGAUGUGUGCGUGUGCCUGUGUGUGUGUGAGAGAGAGAUAGAGAGAUAG